CAACUGUGUUGUUCUGAGACGUCAUUCAACCAAAGAGCAAAACACCUCUGGAAGGCUCAUGUGUGAAAGUGCUGAAUAUUCAGAGUGAAAGUACAGGGCUCUGCUGUGAGUUGAGCUGCUACACAUCUGUUAUGGGCGAUCAGCGGGAUUCUGCUAAUGUCAUAGUGUAACUGUAGACCAACACUGCUGAGCCAUGAUUCACUGUGGACCGGGGAUCCAAUCAGUGUUGGCGAAGAGGGCUUGGGUGGGGGGCUGGGCUAUAUACGUGUGCUGUUGAGACUGGAAUCAGGACAACACUCAAGGAAAUGGACUUUGGCCUGAUCUCUCUUGGGAUCAUCCUCUGGAUGAUGACCCAAACCUGCUCCCUGCCUGUUAAGAACUCAUCAGUGACACGAGACCUAAGGAGAAGGUUUGUAAGAGGAUACUCAGAGUCAUCCAUGUAUCCAGAGGACAUGAAUGCCAUGGACAAAAUCCUAAAAGCCAAUGGGAAGCGAGGUUUUCCCAGAGCCAGAGGUCUGUUUGUCAGGGACGGGGACAUCGUCAGCCGCUACAGCUUCAACAGCCGCAGUGCUAUCACCUGUCCGGCUAAGUCCUGCCUCUGGCCCAAGUCAGUGGAUGGCUUUGUCUACGUACCCUACAUCAUCUCCCCCAGUUAUAAUGACAUUGACAGAAUCAUCAUAGAGAUGGGGAUGUUGGACAUCUCAUCUGAAACCUGUGUGAAGUUUGUUCCUCGCAGCCAUGAAGCCCACUAUUUGGACAUCCAGCCCCGGGGGGGCUGCUGGUCCUUCCUUGGCAGGACAGAAGGUCCUCAGCCCCUCUCCCUCCAGUCCCCAGGCUGUAUGUGGUCUGGAAUUGCCUCACAUGAAUUCAUGCAUGCCCUGGGCUUUGUGCAUGAGCAGUCCCGCUCUGACCGUGAUCGCUAUGUUACUAUUGUAUGGGACAACAUCGUGCAGGGCCAGGAGCAUAACUUUAAGAAGUACAAGACCAACAAUCUGAACACCAUCUAUGACUACAGCUCUGUCAUGCACUAUGGCAGGUAUGCCUUCUCAGAGGACGGUGGACCAACCAUCAUUCCCAAACCAGAUCCCUGGAUUCCUAUUGGACAGAGAGAUGGGCCAAGUCACCUGGAUAUACACAAGAUAAACCUUCUUUAUGACUGUGGUGGCCUGGUUUAACUGGAUGGAGAACUGGCAGCACAGACCACAAUUCCCUUAUAAAACUAUUGGAAGUCAA